AUAAUAAUAAUUGAAGGCCGUGUUUGGGUGUGAACUCGGGACUCUCUCUCUCCUCUCUACCACUGCAAAAGAAAAAGGCGAAUAUAUGCCAUGAAAUGAUGCAGAUGAUGCUGUGUAGAGCUGCGCCCAAGGCCAUGGUGUCCCUCCCUUGCUCCAGGAAGGGAUCGGAGCUAUGUGUGUGGCCUGGAAUGGGACAACUUUGCCUGAGAAAGUCUCUUUUGUAUGGGUUUAUGAGACUCUUUUCUAUUCCAUUCAAAACUGUGCGUAAUGUCAGUCGGAGUCUUGGGGGAGUGUCCCGUUUCUGCAGUGUGACCAAUAUUUCAUCAAGUUUGCAAAUUGAGCUGGUACCAUGUCUUCAAGAUAACUAUGCGUACCUAUUGCAUGAUGUUGAUACUGGAACUGUUGGAGUAGUUGACCCUUCUGAAGCAGUACCUGUUAUAGAUGCACUGAACAAGAAAAAUUGGAAUUUGAAUUACAUUCUGAACACCCAUCAUCAUUAUGAUCACACUGGUGGCAACAUAGAUUUGAAAGAGAGGUAUGGUGCUAAGGUUAUUGGUUCAGGUAUAGACAUGGAUAGAAUUCCUGGGAUUGACAUAGUCUUGAAUGAUGGAGACAAAUGGAUGUUUGCAAGUCAUGAGGUGCAUGUGAUGGCAACCCCUGGUCAUACACGAGGACAUAUUGGAUUCUACUUUCCGAGAUCAAAGUUGAUUUUUACUGGAGAUACAUUAUUCAGUUUAUCAUGUGGUAAACUCUUUGAAGGAACUCCCGAGCAGAUGCUUUCUUCACUGAGGAAGAUUACAUCACUGCCAGAGGAUACUAACAUAUAUUGUGGUCACGAGUACACCUUGAGUAAUGCAAAGUUUGCACUAUCUAUAGAACCCGGAAAUAAAGAACUGCAGUCUUAUGCCACCCUUGUAGCUCGUCUUCGCGAGAAGGGAAUGCCAACGAUCCCAACCUCAUUGAGAAAGGAGAAGUUAUGCAACCCGUUUCUUCGGACUUCAAGUGCAGAAAUUCGGAAGUCUCUCAAAAUACCUGAGUCUGCAGAUGAUGCUGAGGCCUUGGGCUCAAUACGUCAGGCCAAAGACAACUUCUAGCAUAUAUAAAAGAAUGUUUGGCAUUGUUUUACCAAGCGUAGGAACUGAUGUAGGUAUAUAAAGUGAAGAUGUCAUAUUUAUUCGAACACAUCACUCUGAGUUUUUUACCAUGGGAUUGUACAGUUAAAAUGAUUGCAUCAUUGUGCAGCAUUAAUUGCAUCACUCACUACUCAACAAUUUUUGUUUCUCUUUAAAAACGUUAUUCGUCAUAUGAAUAAAACAAUGUCAUCCAUUUUAUUCGUCAUAUAAAAAA